AUGGAUUUUAAUAACUGUCUGGUACAGUAUUAUAUGUGUGCUUCUCUAGGAAUAACUGAAUGUUUUCUUUUUGCAGUGAUGUCAUAUGAUCGUUAUACAGCUAUAUGUAACCCUCUGCAUUAUGCUUCAAUCAUGAACAUAAGGUUCUGCCAAAAAUUGAUCUUCUGUUCAUGGGCAGGUGGUUUCAUUAGCAUGAUAACUACAUUAGUUUUGAUUUGCCAGUUAGACUUUUGUGGGCCUAAUAUUAUUGAUCAUUUCUUCUGUGAUUUUGCUCCACUUGUAAAUCUCUCUUGUUCAGAUAAUUUUGCAGUAAACUUUGAGACAUUUCUAACAUCCUGUUUAGUUACCAUAUUUCCAGUUGGAUUUAUCAUUGGCACAUAUGUGUGUAUCCUAAACACAAGCAUUAAGAUUGUGUCAUCUACUGGAAGACAUAAAACCUUUUCCACUUGUGGUUCCCAUUUGACAUCUGUAUGUGCUUAUUAUGGAACGCUAAUUAUUAUUUAUGUAUUGCCUGUUAAAGACCUCUCAAAAUCAGUUAAUAAGGUUUUAUCCCUUAUUUAUACUAUAGUUACUCCUUUGUUGAACCCAAUCAUAUAUAGUCUGAGGAAUAAUGAGAUCAAAUUAGGGUUGCGCAAGUUUUUAUAA